GCAGAUUACUUCAAUACGUUUUGUAUUGGUGUUCCCUGUUCUGGAAGCUUAUAAUCUGAAAAUUUUUUACUCGUUACGUAUUCGCCCUCUCUUCAAGUUUUACCCUGCUUUGAAUCAAAUUGGAUAAAACUCAGCAAAAAUGUACGAGCCUCUAAGACAUUGACUCACUUCGAAAUUCUUUGGAACAGACUUCUCAUCUAGAAGCUAACUCCAUUCCGAAUAUUGUACAACCGUGCUACAGAAAUGUCACAAAGUAUGGUUUCCAUAUACGUUCUGAUAAUGAGAAGGGGAACACGACAAACUCUUGAGACGAUGAAGUAACCACAAUUACUUCUUGGGCGAUUUUUAUUUUUUUAUUUCAGUUUCAGAAGGGAAAGAAAAACAAUAAAUAAAAAGUUGGUGGGGGUAAAAUAAAAUAAAGAGGCAAAUAUUUCUUUUCCAUUAGUUGGUAAUGAAUUCAAGUGUAACUGUUGAAGAUAUAUUGUACAAAGACAACCAUGAAGGGCGAAGGGAAUCCGGGGGCUAUCUAUACGGAACUUACCGAUGAUGAACGGGAGAAGAUCCUUGAAGUGAUACAACGAGAUUUCGCACUUCGGGAAAAUGAAAAGAAACGGCUCAAACAAAUAGAAGAAGGAGUUACAAGCCAAGAACAGCAGAAGAAAGUACUUUGUCAGAAAAAGAAUUUCAACGAUAAUUUUUGUCCAUCUUGCUGUCGAGCGUUUGGUUAUAUUUUCAACCGAAAGCAGAUAUGUUUACUGUGCCAGUCAAGUGUAUGCAAGUCCUGUAGCCAUUACAGUUAUUACCACAGCCGAUACAUUUGCCACGUCUGCGUGAAGAAAAAUGAACUCCGUUCUAUGUCUUUGGAGUGGUUCUACUCCAAAGUAAGCAAGCGGUUCAGAAGUUUCGGCAGUGCUAAAGUGGUGCGAGCCCUUUACAAAAAGAAGGCGGUAUUACAGAAACAUGUUU